AUGUACGUAAAAAUUGAGACGUCAAGAUUGGAUUAUUUUCGUAAUAAGCAACAAGAGAUUCGAUCUGAAGUAUAUCAAGGAAUAGUUGACAGUCUAUCAUUUGGACAAAACAAUGCUUCUAAAGUUGGUAAACGCAUCAUUCUGCCUUCUUCUUUUAUUGGAGGUCCAAGAGAUAUGCGUAAGAGAUAUAUGGAAGCAAUGGCUUUAGUCCAACGCUUUGGAAAACCGGACAUCUUUUUAACCAUGACAUGCAACCCAAGUUGGAAAGAAAUCUUAGAUGAAUUGGGUCCACAAGAAGAAGCACAAAAUCGUCCUGAUUUGAUUGCACGUAUCUUUAGAGCAAAAUUAGAAGAACUGAAGGAUGAAUUAUUCAAACGGGAGAUAUUUGGGAAAGUUUCAGCAUACGUAUACGUCAUUGAACAUCAAAAAAGAGGACUACCACAUGCACAUUUCUUGAUCAUACUACAAAGAGAUUGGAAAAUCUAUACUCCAGAAUCUUUUGAUGAAAUUGUAUCAGCAGAAAUACCUGACAGAGAAAGAAAUCUACAUUUGUACAAGACAGUAAAAAGACAUAUGAUGCAUGGCCCCUGUGGAGUACUGAAUCCGAACAAUGUGUGUAUGAAAGCAAAUGACAGUUGUAAAAACCACUUUCCAAAAUGUUUUGUACCUAACACAACCGUUGGAAUCGAUUGUUUUCCACAGUACAAACGUUGUGAUAAUGGAAUGACUGUCAAAGUCAGAGGUAAAGAUUUAGAUAACCGUUGGGUUGUUCCACAUAAUCCAUAUCUCCUCGCAAAAUUUGAUUGUCACUUGAAUGUAGAAAUUUGCUCAACAAUCAAAGCAGUCAAAUACCUUUAUAAGUACAUUUAUAAAGGUCAUGAUCGUGUUGCUUUCAACUUGAUUCCUGGACAAAACAUCCAAGAUAUAGAUGAAAUCCAACAAUUUCAAUCAGCCAGAUGGAUCGCUCCACCAGAGGCUAUGUGGAGAAUAUACGGUUUUAUUCUUAAUGAAAUGCAUCCAUCAGUUUACAGUUUACAUCUACAUCUUGAAGAUCAACAUCUGGUAGCUUUUCAUGCACAUGACAACCUUAACAAUAUUCUGAGAUCUGAUUUUACGGCAAAAUCAAUGUUGACUGAAUUCUUUUCAACAAAUCAAACUAAUGAAAAUGCACGAAAACUACUGUACAAAGAAUUUCCUGAAACUUUUGUUUGGAACCAACAACACAAAAUAUGGACUCCAAGAAAGAAGAAAACUGUUAUAGGCCGCAUUGUUACAGCAAGUCCAUUCGAAGGUGAAAGGUAUUACUUACGGAUAUUGUUAAAUCAUAUAAGAGGCCCUUUAUCAUUUGACCACAUCAAAACAGUUGGCAACGUCACUGCACCAACCUUUCGUGAAGCAGCUACAUUACAUGGUUUGUUACAAAGAGAUACCAGUUUGCAAGAUUGUAUGCAAGAGGCUUCCUUAUACCAAAUACCACACAGUUUAAGACGGCUAUUUGCAACAAUUUUAGUAUACUGUAAUCCAACAAAUCCUAGAGAACUUUGGGAAUAUUUUGAACAAGAUAUGUCAAGUGAUUUCCAAACAAGUGUUGCAACAUCAGCAGAUAUUAGGACAAAAGUCUUACGAAGCAUCUCUUCUACACUUGAAUCGAUGGGAAAAGACAUAAACAUGUUUCAUUUAAUAGAAUAUGAUGUCUCUUUUGAUCAGAACGAAACUGAAGCUAGAGAAAUAAAUGAUGAAUUUGCAGUUUCAAUACCAGAAGAAGAUCUUAUGGCUUCGAUGAGUCUUAAUUCUGAACAACAACACGCAUAUGAAUCAAUUUUGCAGAAAGUCCUUCUAAAUGAAUCUGCUGCAUUUUUCAUUGAUGGUCCGGGCGGAACAGGGAAAACAUUCUUAUAUAAAGCACUUCUCGCUACAGUAAGAUCAAGAAACUUAAUUGCUCUUGCAACUGCAUCGUCUGGUGUUGCUGCAUCUAUUUUACCUGGAGGUCGAACAGCCCAUUCACGCUUCAAAAUUCCAUUAGAUCUUGACAAAAAUAGUACUUGUUGUGUAAGCAAACAAAGUGCUCUUGCCAAAUUGUUACGUCUUGCAAAGCUAAUCAUAUGGGAUGAAGCACCUAUGUCUAGAAAAGAAUGUAUGCAAGCAUUGGAUAAAAUGUUACGAGACAUAACUGAUUCAAGAUUACCAUUUGGUGGAAAAAUUAUCGUAUUCGGUGGAGAUUUUCGUCAAGUCUUACCUGUGAUUCGGAAAGGCACAAGACAAGAAGAAGUUAAUGCCAGUUUAGCAUCGUCAUAUUUGUGGUCUACUUUAACUAAGAUUAGGUUGAGUGAGAAUAUGCGAGCAAGAUUCGAUCCAAACUUCUCAAAUUAUUUACUUCAGGUCGGAAAUGGAACAACACCAAUCACAAUUGAGAAUAAGAUCAAAAUUCCCAAUGAAAUGCUCAUUCCUUACAGAAAUGAUGUGGAGUCUUUAGAUGAUCUGAUCGAUGCAGUCUUCCAAGAUAUUGGCAGCUAUUCAGAAAAUUUAUCCGAAAUGACAAAUCGAGCUAUCUUGACACCAAAGAACAACUCUGUCGAUGAGAUAAAUACAAUACUUAUUCAAAGAUUUCCUGGUACAGUUACACAAUACUAUAGCUUCGAUAAAACGAUUGAUACAUCAGAACAAGGAAUCAUGGAGGGCAACCGACUACAAGCAACAAUUUUCGACAAAGAUAUAGACCUACGUAAUGACAUGUUGCACAUCUUCCGGUCUUACUACAUCAGUAAUGCUUAUGUUAAGCCUUUAGAUCCCAGGCAUAGAAUUGAAGCGCAUGAAUACCAGUAG